UAUCCUUCAACAAGGCCCAUGCCCAUAGAUUCCGACCAUAUCCGUGUAGGCUGCCUGUUUGGAGAGGAGUUUGUUGUUGAGUCAGCGUCCACUCUACCCGCUUGGAGUGGGGCGAGCUGUGACCCGCCGGGACGCCAGUGCGGUCGUUGUAUCAGCAACAUCGGCAAACAUCUUGUGGACUUGUUGAUGCCUCCGGUAGCGUCAUCCAUUGUGUCGCGAAGUUCAAGUUGGGGAAUGCCCCGCGCGGCGAUUGGGCCGGCCCUAGCAACGGAUCAUUAGUGUAUAGAUCCGAGGUGGCUCUGAUCGCUUGCUUCACUGCUUCAUCAUUAGGGUAGUAGCAGUAGAGUUACAUCAAGAUGGAGCAAUCAAUGGAGUACGUCAACUUCCGCACCUGCUGCCGCCUCUGCCUCGACGAGAAGUGCCAGAUGGCCAACAUCUUCUCCGCGAAGAACAGACCCGCGCACAUCACCGAGAAGAUCCUCUCGGUCGUCGGCAUCAAGGUGACGCUACAAGACAAAGUGACAACAAAUAUUUGUGAUAGAUGCUUCCUGUGUGUGAAGAACUACGACAACUUCAAGAAACUCUGCCUUAACAACCAAAUACAGCUUGCUAAACAUCUGAGUGUUUUUGAGGCAGAACUCUUGAAUGAGAGUAUACAAAUCAAGGAAGAACCUGCAUCUGAUGAUGAAGUUGUCUAUGUUCCUUCUCAAAUAGGCAGUCCUUUAUCAGUAAAAAUUGAAUCGCAGGAGACUCCAGACCAGCCCCAGGACGAUGAACUUCCACCAAUACUCUCGCCAAACCUCCCAACAGCCGAAAUGCUGCGGAAUCUUGAAGUGGAACCAGCUGAAUUGAUACAAACCAUCGAGGUAAUCACAGAAGAAUCUCCCCCGAGUGAUACUCCUGAAGUAUCAGUACCAGUAUCAGAAAAACCUCCAGAUGACACUUUUCGAGUCCCUGAAGCUCCCACAACCCCAAAGAAAACCAUAAAUGACUCCCGGGAACAGAUUGACUUCGCAGCUACGCUCCAACUAGCAAAAAAGAUGGAUUAUGUCAAUCUGGAACCAUUCACAAAGACAGAAAUACAAUAUUCCAAGCGUAUGAAGUUAAUAUACACACAAUUGAGUGAGUAUAUCUGCGCAUGCCAUAAUAAAGUGCAACCCAGUCGCAAGGCACUCCUUGGACAUCUGAAAAAGUACGAAGGAGUGUAUCUACCGCCGUAUUCCUGUCAGAAUUGUUGCACGACCUUCACAAGGUCAGGCUUUUCCAGGCAUCGCAUCAGUAGUAGUUGCAAAUGUGAUGAUUUUGAAUACAUGCAUGAUGUGAGCAAUUGCAUCGAGCGUGGAAUCAAUAAACAUCGUAAUUAUCAAGCGUUCAAAUGUAAGAUCUGUCAUUGUACAGCGAGGUUGUUUGAUUCCUACGCGCAGCACGUCGAGGAGCAUUUAUCUCAGAGUCUGAGCAUGCAGUGUAUCUGCGAGAAGCAAUUCACAAACUCAACUGCAUUCAAACAGCAUUUACUCAGCUCCUGCGUGAUGAAACCCAGCUGUGACAUGUGUGACUUAAUGUUUGAUACUCUGGAAGAGUUUAAACAACAUUGUACAAGCACACAUGAUGAUGAAGAAGGUGAAGAGUUCAUGGUUGAUGACAGCUUUCAGAUUAAAGAGUUGCCGUUUGUUGCGUUGUACGCAUGCGUGGAGUGUAACCUCAAAUGCAAGCAGGAGUUGUUCCUCGUGCGCCAUCUACAAACCGAGCAUGGGUAUGAUUUGGAUGCGGCGAAACGUGUUGGCGUGGAUUGUUACAUAGGACCACAAAAUGGCGACGCUGCUUCACCAUUGAAUAAUAACGAAACAGAUGGACCUCCUGCGCUUGUUUAUGAAUCAGAAGAUAUUAUCCCUGAAGAGAAUCAAGCGAAAGUUAUUGAAACUACUGAACCAACUGCGUACAAACAAAUAAAUUCACAGUUUGAAUGUCAGGUUUGUUUCAAAUCAUUCAGCAACGCAGGGAAUUUCCGCAGGCAUUUGAAACAAGCACAUCAACUGAAUAAAAAACAACGCAUGAGUACGUUUAACUGCGGGAAUUGUGAAGGUACUUUCUCUACAAUGGAAAUGCUUCAGAAUCAUCUCAUGAAUAAUCACAUACACGCGUGUAAGGAGUGUGGACGCAAAUGCGCAAGCGUUGAAGAGCUAGACAAACACCGCGCUAGUCAUUUGAAGAUUUCCCUCACAAGAGAUCCGAAUACUUUGAAUUAUCGCCGGUCUAGUGGAAGGGCUGAUGAUGAUGACCUUGAUACAAUGCCUGUGUUGUCUUCUAUUGAUGAAGAAGAUAUAAAAGCUUUGAAUUCUCAAUGUAAACUAUGUAAAAGAUUAUUUGCGACUGCGCGUGGUCUUGGUGUGCACAUGCGCCGUACUCACAAAGACGCUGUUGUGCAUAAUAAUGACUUGACGAGUUUUCCACGGUUUUGUAAGCGUACAGGAUGUCACGUGUCGCUGAAAUCCAUGCCUGAUUGGUCCCUGCAUAUGCAGAUGCAUGCGGAGAGUGACGGCGUCAAUGCGCAGGCGUCUAGUGAUAGCACAAGCCCUGCACACACGGAUGACACAGAUUAUUCAACGUGUAAUAAAUGUUUCAAGGUGUUUGCGAAUAGAGGCAAUCUCAAACAGCACAUGCGCACACAUGGCGUGGGUUCAAGUCCGCCGAAGUUCAAGCGGUACUUUUGUAGCAUUUGUAAAUACGUGAGUAAAUCCAAUCAGGAGUGGAUCAAGCACAGGCAGAGCCAUCUGGUGAAAUCUACGGCGAUACAGUGUAAAUUCUGUAAGGUUGGGUUUGCGUCCGAGGAGGAUUUGAAUAUUCACAUGCGUGAUGAGCAUGCUGUGCAGUGUACAACUGCGAAGGUGAAGGAACCGGAUGUUCCGCAGAUUUGUGAGAUUUGUAACAAGAAAUUGCCUUCGAAGGAGAGUUUACGCGGACAUAUUGGAUGGCAUAAACGCACGGGGACUUUUAGGUUAAAAAAUGACACUGUUGGUACUACUGGGGCUAGUAAUCCAUUUGAACCACAAGUUACUAUCAAAGAAACCCCUGCCACGUUGAAUAUCAACAAAGAGAAGUUGUUCAAGGAUAAGACUUACAUCUGUAUCACUUGCGGUAAGUUGUUCCCGAGCACCACGGCGCUGCAGUCGCAUCAAACGUCAGUUCAUGGUAAACUAAGAUGUCCGACAUGUUGGAAGUUUUUCGAACGUGCGGAUGAACUCAAUGAACACAUGAGACUCGCUCAUGUUAAAGUUGAAUCAUCAACAGGGAAGAGACCUGCAUUGGAACCACCAGUGGUGACACAACCUAAAAAGAAGUUUAAGAAAGGUUAUGAGUAUUGUAAGAUCUGUGGCGCGGAAUUUGGAGGUGAGGAGGAAUUAAGAGAUCAUACAAGGGAUGCACAUCCUGGGGUACCUUUUAUUCCCAAAGGAUGUUGUGUGUGUCCGAUUUGUGAUGAUGAAUUCCGCAAUAUGGCGGCGUUGUCCAGUCAUGUGCGGAUGCAUCAACGACGGGGUGAUACUAUGCCCUCUGGUGGUAAGAAGUCUACAGGAGGUAAUAAAACUUCUCCUGUUGUUAUUUCAAAGAGUCCUGCGACGAAAUUAUUCUGUGGAGUUUGCAAGAAAAGUUAUGAAGAUAGAUCUGAUCUGCGCAGACACAUUCUCGAUGAGCAUCCAUUUUGAGACUCGAUUGACACUCGCUAGAUGUAUGCUAUUUUUACGUAGUUGUAAGCCUGUAUUGUUAAUGUUUAUUGGUAAGUGAGUUACCCAGCGAUUAAGUUUGCAAACCAUGUUUGCGUUUCCCUCUGUGCAUAGAAGUAUUACAAAUGAUUUGACAAUGUUUAUAAAUAUAUAAAAAUCUAAUAAAUUUCAUACAGUUUUGUAACAAAAAACAA